AUGAUAACUAUGCUCCCUAUGUCAGAAAGCAAUUUAGUAAUCAAAUAUGAUAACUAUGCUCCGCUACGCUUCGCAUCUGGAGUUGCUAUGCUCCUCUGUGACAGAAAGCAAUUUAGUAAUCAAAUAAGAGGGCAUAUAUUUUGGUUAAAUUGGU